AUGAUUUAUGAAGAUGUUUUCGCUUUGGCGGCUGUUGAGCAAUUGAGAAAUAAUCGAACGACAACAAAUUCUUUUACAGGCUGCACUUUAGUACCUGUGGAAGAAAAUUUGAUUGAUAAAAUAUGGGGAGAAAAACAACCUAAACGGCCUUCUAACCCGGUUCUGCAUUUAGAGCAUAAAUAUUCUGGUUUAACAGUUGCGAAUAAAUGGGAAGAUAUUAAGAAGCAAAUGCAGGAUAAAAUGGCAGAUGUUCUGUUAGUGACAUCUUUAGAUGAAAUUGCAUGGUUUUUAAACUUGCGUGGAUCAGAUAUUGAUUAUAAUCCCAUAUUUUUCGCGUAUUUGAUUAUUGAUUUCAAUAGUAUUAAACUAUUCAUUGACAAAUCAAAACUUCCAGAAAACUUUGAAAAUUAUCAAAAGCAAAAUGGUGUCGCCAUUCAUGUUCAACCAUAUGACUGUAUUGGAAGCGAAUUACAGGCUUCAAUAAGUAUAUUAUCAAGUGGAAAAAUAUGGAUUUCUCCUAACUCAAGCUAUUUCUUAUGUUCCAAGAUACCUAAAAAAUUAAGAAUACAAGAAAUUACACCUAUAGCUAUCAACAAAGCGAUUAAAAAUAAAAGUGAAAUUGAUGGAUUUAUUAACUGUCAUAUUCGUGAUGGAGUUGCACUUUGUAAAUAUUUCGCUUGGCUGGAACAUGCUAUUCAAAAUGGCGAAAACAUAAGUGAACUAUCUGGAGCUACAAAACUUGAAGCCUUUCGAUCUAAAAAUAAAUACUUUAUGGGGUUAAGCUUUCCAACUAUAAAUGCGAGUGGACCUAAUGGUUCCAUAAUACAUUACCAUCCAACUGAGAAUACCAAUCGUUCCAUAACAAAUAAUGAAAUUUAUUUAUGUGAUUCCGGUGCCCAGUAUUUAUAAUACAGAUUUAUGCAC